UUCUUGGUUAUCAAGCCGCCAAAGUGGAGAGUGCGAUUGCAGAAGGGGGUGCUUCUCGUUUCAGUGCUUCGUCAGGUGGAGGAGGUAGGGGUGCCUCUCAGCACUAUACCAAAACUGUCGGCAACAGGUGGACAACCGUGAUCUGCAGGGUUUUGCCAGGAUUUUGACUGGGUGACGUUAUUUGCCCAGAGAAGAUCGUCUGAGAGGCCCAAACGUUUUCCCACUUCCCCCAGUCUCUAACUCACUGGUGUAUUUCUGUAAUACAUCUGCGCUCCGUGCAGUUGCAUGCAGCGCGCGUUAGUUGGGGCGGACUCCGCGGGUUGUGCGCCUGUAACGCACAGUGACCCAGCCGCGCGGAAACGCUGCGAGUACCUGGGGAAAACCCCAGGGCCUGGCGUUCAAAGAUGGAUUCCUUCACGAAGCACUAGACGAGAUGUUAACGCCCCCAAUAACUCCGCCAACAACACUGCGCACACCUCCGCAAGUGAGAAAGAACGGCACGAUGCAAUCUUUAGGAAAGUAAGAGGCAUCUUAAACAAGCUUGCUCCUGAGAAGUUUGACAAGCUAUGCCUUGAGCUCCUUAAUGCGGGUGUAGAUACCAAACUCAUCCUCAAAGGAGUGAUACUGCUUAUUGUAGACAAAGCCCUCGAAGAGCCUAAGUACAGCUCACUCUAUGCUCAGCUAUGUCUGCGAUUAGCAGAAGAGGCACCAAACUUUGACGGCCCAUCAACCGAGGGUCCACCAGGGCAUAAGCAAAGCACAACGUUUAGACGCCUCCUAAUUUCAAAACUUCAAGAUGAGUUUGAGAACCGAUCGAAAAAUGUUGAUAUAUAUGACAAAAGAGACGGCCCCCUCCUCCCUGAGGAAGAGGAACAGAGAGCUAUUGCCAAGAUCAAGAUGCUGGGGAACAUCAAAUUUAUCGGAGAGCUUGGCAAGCUUGACCUUAUUCAUGAAUCUAUCCUUCAUAAGUGCAUCAAAACACUUUUGGAAAAGAAGAAGAGGGUCCAACUUAAAGACAUGGGAGAGGAUUUGGAGUGUCUCUGUCAGAUAAUGAGGACUGUGGGGCCUAGAUUAGACCACGAAAAAGCCAAGUCCUUAAUGGAUCAGUACUUUGCCCGGAUGUGCGCCUUGAAGUCUAGUAAGGAAUUGCCGGCAAGGAUUCGUUUCCUGCUGCAAGAUACUGGGGAGUUGCGAGCAAACCGUUGGGCUCCUCGCAAAGCUUUUAAUGACAAUGGACCAAAGACUAUCACACAAAUCCGCCAAGACGCAGUGAAAGAUCUAGGAGUCUUUAUUCCUGCUCCUAUGUCUCAAGGAAUGCGAACUGACUUCUUUUUGGAAGGACCGUUUAUGCCACCAAGAAUGAAGCUGGACAGGGACCCUCUUGGAGGACUUGCUGACAUGUUUAGGCAAAUGCCAGGCAGUGGAAUAGGCACUGGUCCAGGAGUUAUACAGGACAGGUUCUCACCAACCAUGGGACGGCAUCGCUCAAAUCAGCUAUUUAACGGGCAUGGUGGGCACAUCAUACCUCCUGUUCAGUCCCAGUUUGGUGAAAUUGGAGGCAAACCGUUCAUGAAAAGCCAGGGACAAGGUCAGAUGUACCAGAGUCAGGGGCUCUUGUCACAGCAAGGACAGUCCAAGGAUAUGCCUCCCCGGUUUAUUAAAAAAGGGCAGCUUAAUGCGGAUGAGAUCAGCUUGAGACCGGCUCAGUCUUUCCUAAUGAAUAAAAACCAAGUGCCAAAGCUGCAGCCUCAGAUCAGCAUGAUGCCCCCUCGCACGCUGACCCCACCCAUGGGACAGACCCCUCAGCUCGGGCUAAAAACCAAUCCCCCACCCAUCCAAGAAAAACCUGCCAAGAGUGUGAAGAAGCCUCCACCAUCAAGAGAGGAGCUGCUGAAACUUACUGAAGCAUUUGUGACGGAGUAUCUGAAUAAUGGGAAUGCAGAAGAUGCCAUAAACAGCGUGAAAGAAAUGAGAGCGCCCAAACACUUCAUCCCAGAAAUGAUCAGUCGCAUCAUCCUCCAAUCACUAGACCGGUCCGACGAAGACAAGGAGCGGGCCAGCUCUCUGAUCGGUGUCCUGCGACAAGAGGCUGUGGCCACCAGUGACAACUUCAUGCAGGCUUUCCUAAAUGUGCUGGACCAGUGCCCAAAGCUGGAGGUGGACAUACCCCUGGUGAAGUCCUACCUGGCACAGUUUGCAGCUCGUGCCAUAAUUGCUGACCUGGUGAGCAUUUCUGAGCUGGCUCAGCCCCUGGAGAAUGGCACCCAUUUUCCUUUGUUCCUACUCUGCCUUCAGCAACUGGCCAAGCUUCAAGAUCGGGAAUGGCUGACGGAGCUGUUCCAGCAGAGCAAAGUGAAUAUGCAGAAGAUGCUGCCAGAAAUCGACCAGAACAAGGACCGCAUGCUGGAGAUCCUGGAGGGAAAGGGCCUGAGCUUCCUGUUUCCUCUGAUGAAACUGGAGAAGGAGUUGCUGAAACAAAUCCAGAUGGAUCCUUCACCACAAACCAUCUACAAAUGGAUUAAGGAUAACAUUUCUCCCAAACUUCAUCUAGAUAAAGGAUUUGUGAAUAUUUUGAUGACUAGCUUUUUACAGUAUAUUUCUAAUGAGGUUUGCCCAACGGAAGAAGAUGAAGAUGAUGAUGAACAAGCAGCGGCGCCUUCGAAGGAGCAGCUUGACCAGGAGAAGCAGCUGCUUCUGUCCUUUAAGCCGGUGAUGCAGAAGUUCCUCCAUGACCAUGUUGAUUUGCAAGUCAGUGCCCUCUAUGCCCUUCAGGUGCACUGCUACAGUAAAAACUUCCCUAAAGGCAUGUUGUUGCGCUUUUUUGUCCAUUUCUAUGACAUGGAGAUCCUAGAAGAGGAGGCCUUUCUGGCAUGGAAGGAAGAUAUCACACAGGAGUUUCCUGGGAAAGGAAAAGCUUUAUUCCAGGUGAACCAGUGGCUGACCUGGCUGGAGACAGCGGAAGAAGAAGAGUCUGAGGAAGAGGCCGACUAAAGAACCAGCCAAAGCCUUAAACGUUGUGCAGACUUAUUGUUGCUAUGGUGUAAAUUGCAUUUUUUUGACCUAACCACUGCGAAAACACCAUUCCGCUGUAACAUUUUAUUUUUUUCGCAAUAUCUAAUGCAGAGGCGCGUCGACUCAGAUCCUUCUGCCUGAAAGGUUUUUAAGUGUAACGUCUUAAUCAUAGCCAUGCAAUAUUUUAGGAGUAUCUGUAAUGUUUAGAUCCGUGUAUUAGCAGCAUGCAAUAAUUACAUCCGAUGUUCUCGAGACAGACGCUGGUCAAUGGCAAGGACUCUGCUGCCGGAGGAGGAGGAGAAGAAGCAACACUGAAUACUGUAGAUGCACUUUGCUCAGUGUGAUACUUGAGUCGUUGUUACAGAGAAUCUUUACUUGUAAUCCAUGGUCGUUGCCGUAAUAGUAUAUAUUGCCUGUAUUUCUACCUCUAGUAAUGGGCUUUUUGUGCUAGAUUUUAAUACCUUCGAGCCUGGGCAGGUGCACAAAAAAUAUCUAAGAUUUACCUGGUUUACUUGCACAAAUUCUGCUCCAUUGAGAUCGCUGCCCUGAGUGACAUUGCGGGUG